AUGGACGAGCGGGCAAGAUUGGCUGCCAUCACGAGCGUUGCGAGCGACGUCUCGCCAAAAGAAGUCCUCGUCCUUCCAGACAGCGAGGACGAAUCAUACGAAUUGAUCCCGUCGAGAAGACGUAGCGCUAGCUCUGGCUCUAGCAAGCAAAAGAAGCACAAGGGCGGGAUCUACGAUCUCGAAGACCUCGUCGCAAGGUCCAUGCGAAAGAGGCGAAUUACCUUGACACUCGAUUUCUUUCAACCCGCCUCUGCAUUUCUCACUCUCCUGAUUGCGAAUCGACCGGGCAGUCCUACUCCUUACGUCCAGUCAUCCCAUUGUGCACGCAAAAAGCCGGAAGACCAUACUUCCACUUUUCCUGCCAAUGUGCUGUGUAUACGGCGUGCGAGGCUGAGGAGGCAGGAGGCAGAGAAGGAUGUGCUGUGUAUACGGCGUACGAGGCUGAGGAGGCAGGAGGCAGAGAAGGAUGUGCUGGUAUACGGCCGCGCUCCUUUCCUGCUUCAACAUCUCAUGUGCGGAGCAACAAGCCGUCUCAAACUGCCCUUUGUCAAGUUUGGUCCUUUCUAUGCCCUCAUGCUGUACUUUCUGUUGGUGACUAUUGCUGCCCUUGCCCGAUUCCAUCUGCAGCCACCACAAUAG